UGUUUUUGUUCGAGGCAUGCAAAUAAUUGUAAUACUUACCUAAACCUUAAAAUUUAGAAUUGCGUUUCCUACAGACCUUAGGAAAUGUACACGAGCAGGCAGACAAAUUAUACCUCUGAUUUCCACUGCACGCACAUUCGCAUUUUUAAAGGGGAUAGCGAUUUCCACAAUAUAGUGAAUUCGAUACGACACCGGCCACGUAUGGUUCUAAUUUUGGUGUCUUGUCUGAUCCCGAACUGCGCUCAGUAACGUUUAUUCAAGAGAUUGUAUUUGACGUUUUAUUAUCACAAAAUUGAGGGCAGUAGAUAAUGAGAGAUGCGUGCUUCGAUUUAAGAAUAGUUUAUGAACUCUUGCAUUAAUCAGUUAGUAUGUCCUGUAAGUAAAACGUGGAAAUUAAUUGUCAAUUGCACGAAAUUCACACACACGAUCAACGUAACUCACAGGUGAUUCAGUCUUCUUGGUUAGGUGGCACUAGCAGAGUAGGUGCAGUGAGGUUUAUAUCUUGUUGCAGAAACUCCUCUUUUAGAAGCCGCUGCAGCACUAACGAAUUACGUCAUCAUGCUGCGCGGAUAUUUUACCCACAUGGUAGUAAUUGAAUCUGUUGCCUUAGCCAAAUCAUAAAGAAAAAGCCUGAAUUACUAAAAGAAAUCCUUUUUCCUCGUGAACCUGACGUAAUGACGUCUAGCCGGUUGUGUUGAUAAAAAAAGAACAAAGUUCUUGUGUUUAAACUCCGCAAGCGUUUGCUUCUGACCGACUCUGAAGAAGGAUGGCGGAGUUCUUGUUAAAUCUGCAAACACAGCUUCAUUCUUUCAUAGAGAUUUUACUCAAAUCGAUCGUGUAUGAAGUUUCAGAAGUUUUCCGAAACAAAAUGUGUGAGUCUGAGGACGAAUUUCAAAUCAAACUCCACAGCAUCUCCCAGAUUCUGGUGAGGCGGGCCGUAUUUAAAAUCACACAGUGUGUGGAGGACAGUUUCGGGAGUGAAAUGGCGCUUCUGAAGAAGGAAAACGAGAGCCUGAAGUGGAGAUUACAGUUGUGGGAGAAGGAGUCGGGAGCAGGAGGAGAUCUGGGACAGACAGAUCAUGCUGGACACACGCUUCCCCGUGAAGUCGCUGCAGAAAUAAAAGAAACGGACACGAAACGGAAGCUGUCAGGGUCAGAGGCCAGUGAUCUCCCUGAUGCUUGGGAAGGGGCUCCUCUUGAACAGCAGGACAGUGAGGAGGAGUGGGGCUCCAUUCUGACAGAGCUCACUGCUGCAAAAGGGAAAGAGAAACUCGGUGAACAGCACACAGAGAGCAGACAGAGUGUCGAGGAUCUGGACUCUGUGCAUAUGCUAAAGACAGAGCCUGAGAGUGAGACACCUGAGCUCUUAGUGUCUGAUGAUUUUACAGAGAAGAUUAAUCUGGUCUCUAACAAGAUUACUGAAAGUUGUGAUAAAAUGGAGUCUGUGUCUGUACAAGAGCUUAAAGCAGAACCGAAUGACAUUAAUCUUACAGAGCAGAAUAUGAAGCUCCAGUUGGUAUAUACAGAAGAGCAGCAGACUGGUGAAGAGAACAUCACUGAGCAGCACACAGAGAAGAGUCAGUACAGGGGGGAACAACAGCGACAACUACAAGGUUUGAUAAUAUCAAGGCCAUGUUCUGUUAAAGUGAAGAGACUGUCAUCGCAGAGGUGGUUUAAACAAUUGAAUAAUCCCUUAGUAUCUAAGAAAUUUACAGAGAAGAUUGAUAAUCUGGACUCUGUAAAUAUUGCUGAAAAUUGUAAUGAACUGACCUCUGCCUUUGCACAAGAGAUCAAAGAAGAAGUGAAUGAGUUUAAAGUAACAGAGCAGAACAUGGAGCUCCAGUUGAUUGACCAUGCAGAGAAGGAGAAUGAUGAAUCUGGUGAAGACAACAGUACUUGGUUACAGCACACAAAGAAAGGUAAAGCCCAGAAGGGGCAGAAGAGAAAAAUGUUUAGUGUUCCAGAAGUAAUAGAAGGAAUUUCUCAAGGGGAUUCAGGAGCAGAGUCGGAUGACGGGCUCUCAGGGUUGGAGAGUGCGGAUUCGUUCUCGGAAGACGUAUUCAAUGAUGGACUGGACCCACUGCUGGAUUUUGAGGACAUUGAAGAACUCCCCAUCCCCUCAACAAGUCAGUGUACUCAGAGUACUGACAGUCCUCAGACAAAGAGAGGAUGCCUGAUUCCAACCCUGCCCCCUCAGCCUGCCAGAACAAUACCCCCCACAGCCUCUGAGCCUGAGGGCAGGUGGAAAACUGAGAAAGAAGAGGACGUGGAACCUGUCCAGUUUCGCUUCUGUCCAGCACGGAUACCUGGGGCCCAACUGGACACCUCCAAGAAAUACUCCCCCCUCGAUCUGUUUCAGCUCUUUUUUAGUGUGAAUGUUGUACAGAGCCUUUGUACAAACACCAACAAAAAUGCUAAAAAGCGAAGGGCCCAAGGUAUAAAAUAUGAGUGGAAUCCAGUGUCUAUAAAGGACAUGUACCAGUUUAUGGGAAUUUUGAUUUUUAUGGGGCUUCUAACAUCUCACAACAUGAGAGACUACUGGAGUCGUCAGGUGCCCUACAAUGUUCCUUUUUGUCGCUCCAUCAUGACCCGGAAAAGAUUUGAGGCCAUUUCCUGGACACUGCACAUUAGUGACCCAGAGGAGGACAGGGAAAACGAUAAGAAAAAAGGCACCCCAAAAUAUGACCCCCUUUCCCGGCUCAGACCCCUCUUAGACUCCCUGCUGCUGGCCUGUCAGUCUUUCUAUCAGCCCCGGCAGAAUCUUGCAGUUGAUGAGAGGAUGGUGGCCUCAAAGUCCAGAAUCGGCUUCAGGCAGUACAUGAAGAGGAAGCCCACAAAAUGGGGCUUCAAGCUGUUUGUACUGGCUGAUGCCUCCACUGGCUACACUUGUGAUUUCACCAUUUACACAGGCAAAUCCCAGUCUGCCUCAGGAAAAGGGCUGAGCUACGACUCCGUCAUGAACCUCCUCAAGGUUUCGUACCUGGGCAUGGGGUAUCAUGUUUAUGUUGACAGUUUUUACUCUGGUUCAGCCCUUUUCCGUGACCUCUACAGACUGAAAUUUGGCGCCUGUGGCACAAUUAGGGAGAACCAUCCAGGGUUCCCCAGCACAAAGGAGAACACUCUCCCAAAAAAGGCUGAGACAGGGUGCCUGCGCUGGAUCAGAUGUGACGAGCUGCUGUUUACCAAGUGGAUGGACACCCACGAGGUGACGAUGUGUAGCACCAUCCACAAGGCGCACAUAGGAGACACGGUCCAGCGCAAGGUGAGAAGGCCUGAUGGGACUUGGCAUAUGCAGGCUGUGCCUGUCCCUGCCCCCGUCAAGGCCUACAAUCAGCACAUGGCAGGGGUGGAUCUGUCAGAUGCCCUGAUCAAGAACUACAAUUUAGCACACAAGACCAGAAAGUGGUACAAAAAGGUGUUCUUUCACUUCAUAGACAUUGCUGUGGUGAACAGCUUCUUGCUGCACAAAGAGAUGGCGGGGCUGCAAAGCUCUCAGGCUCUGACUCACAAAGCUUUCAGGGAGCAGCUGUGCAGACAACUUGCCAGCCUGGGGGCUGAGGAGCAGCAAGGGGGGACAGCGAGCCCUACAGAGAUGUGUCUGCCUUCUGCCAUCACAGAGGGGCUGGUGUUAGACCCCUCUAGGAAGGCCUCGACAGGGCGCCGGGUGUGUGCUCUGUGCAUGGAGAAGAAACAGAAAGUGAAAACCCCCUGGAGGUGUGAGAAAUGCAACAUUUCCUUGUGUCUUAUUGUAGACAGAAACUGUUUUAAGGAAUGGCACCUGCGGAUGAAAAAGUAGUACUUAUUUUUAUACAAACUGCUUUGCUCUGGUGUACUUUGUCUUCUGUUUGUUCCGUGUUAUGUUUUGUUUUUAUGUAAAUAGAAUUUUAUUUUGUACAGUUCAUGAUCAU